UGUUUAUUUUCAUAUUAUCAGUCGUUCGAACCGAAAGAUUUACUUUUCGCCUUACUUUUAAUUUAAUUCCUUCGGUUUUUGCUGUGUAAUCGGCAAAGCUUUAUUUUUUAAAGUUGCUAGUGCUGCUAGAUUUACAACCAUGUUUUUUUCCCGCUGAGCAGGACAGUUCUAAGACUUCAAAAUGAAGAAGGAAAAAACAGCUGAUAAUGCCAGACCCUUCAAACUUUCGCACCAAAUUGUCAGUUUGACAGGCAUAAAUUUCCAGAGGAAGAGCAUAAUUGGUUUUGUGGAGUUGACUAUAGUUCCUUUGAAAGAUCAUCUGAGGUUUAUCAAACUAAACGCAAAACAGUGCCGUGUCUACAGAGUUUGCCUAAAUGACAUCUAUGAAGCUCCUUUCCAGUAUUUUGAUCCAUUUUUAGACGUUUGCCAAGGUGCCACCAAUGAACGUUCGCUGGAUUUUUUCUCAAAUGCUCACCAAACUGCUGCUUUUCAAAUUGACCCAGAUCACAACGCUGGUGAGCUUGUGAUUAGCAUUCCUGCUGAAGCAACCAAUCUGAUACAAGAGGGUCGCUCUGUUAGGAUUGGAGUUGAAUUCUCCUUAGAGCAACCGCAGGGUGGUAUUCAUUUUGUUAUCCCUGAUUGCGAAGGAUCCUUAGCAGAGCGUGGAGCUCACAUGUACUCAAUGUGCCAUGAAAACUCCUCAAGACUGUGGUUUCCUUGUAUCGACAGCUACGCUGAGCCGUGCACUUGGAGGCUUGAAUUUACAGUUGAUGAGAAUAUGACGGCUGUCUCCUGUGGAGAGUUGAUAGAAGUUGUGUAUACUCCUGACAUGAGGAGAAAAACCUUUCAUUAUUCACUAUCCAUUCCAGCAUGUGCACCAAACAUAGCUUUAGCUGUUGGGCCUUUUGAGAUUUUCGUGGAUCCUUACAUGCAUGAGGUGACACAUUUUUGUCUGCCGCAACUCUUGCCUCUGUUGAAAGUCUCUGCAAGGUAUAUGCAUGAAGCAUUCGAAUUUUAUGAAGAAACACUAGCCAACCGUUAUCCGUACUCUUGUUACAAACAGGUUUUUGUGGAUGAGACAACAGUCGAUGUGUCAGCCUAUGCUACAAUGAGUAUUUUAAGCACAAAUCUUCUCCACUCGAGUGCAAUAAUAGAUCAAACCUACAUCACUCGCAAAAACAUGGCUCUAGCAGUAGCAGAACAGUUUUUCGGUUGCUUCAUAUCCAUGCAAAACUGGUCGGAUUGGUGGUUGACGAAAGGCAUUGCAACUUAUCUUUGUGGACUUUACGCAAAGAAAUGUUUCGGCAAUAAUGCAUAUCGGGAGUGGAUUCAGAAUGAAUUACUAGAUGUUGUCAAGUAUGAAGAAAAGUAUGGAGGGAUUGUAAUGGAUCCUGGUCAAGCUCCUGCUCCACUGCCUACUACGACACCAUUUCCGCAACUCACGUCGAAACAAAAUGACCCCGGCUUCUAUUUUUCUACACAGAACAUUCACACCAUGUCUCCAAAGUACCUAAAGAUAUUACGCAAGAAAGCUCAUCUGGUAAUUCGGAUGCUUGAACAUCGAAUUGGGUAUGAGCUUAUUCUGCAGGUCUUAAACAAACAGCUGUCUUUGGCUUGCAAUGCAUCAACUCAAAAAUUAAGCAGUGGCUUGUGGGGUCACAUGCUCAUCAGUACCAAUGUUUUCACAAAAGCUAUUUUUACUGUAACAGGACAAGACAUGUCCGUCUUCAUCCAUCAAUGGGUACGCACAGGUGGUCACGCUAGGUUUAGUCUUGGCUUUGUCUUCAAUCGAAAGAGGAAUACUGUUGAGCUGGAAAUACGACAAGAUGCGACUCAGGCUCGAGGUGUUAGGAAGUAUGUUGGUCCAUUACUAGUUUCUAUCCAAGAGUUGGACGGAACUUUCAAACACACUUUGCAAAUUGAAGGGAAUGUCGCGAAGGCUGAUAUCACCUGCCACUCGAAAAGUCGAAGGAAUAAGAAGAAGAAAAUUCCUUUGUGUACUGGAGAGGAAGUUGACAUGGACUUGAAUGUAAUGGACUCCGAGUCGCCUGUAUUAUGGAUUCGUCUUGAUCCUGAGAUGACCCUAUUGCGGUCAUGCAUAAUUGAGCAGCCAGAUUAUCAGUGGCAGUUACAGUUGCGGCAUGAAAGAGAUGUAACAGCUCAAUUUGAAGCAGUUACGGCGUUGGAGCGGUACGCAUCUGCAGCCACCAGAUCAGCACUUACAGAUACAAUAGAGAAUGAGCACAUUUAUGUUCAUGUUCGGUGUAAAGCUGCAAUAUGUUUGACCAAAGUCGCAAAUUUGAUGGUUUCUACUUGGCAAGGACCCCCUGCAAUGUUAGCUAUAUUUCGGAAAAUGUUUGGCUCAUUUUCUUGCCCUCACAUCAUAAAGCAGAACAAUUUCCAAAAUUUACAGCAUUAUUUCCUCCAGAAAAUCAUCCCUGUUGCAAUGGCGGGCUUGCGAACUUCUCACAAUAUCUGUCCUCCAGAGGUUCUCAGGUUUCUUCUGGACUUGUUCAAGUAUAAUGACAACAGCAAAAAUAGGUUCUCGGAUAAUUAUUACCGUGCAGCUCUCAUAGAGGCCCUCGGUAACACCGUCACACCUGUCAUAUCUGUCUUGGCAACAUCAGGGAGUGAAAUAACAUCUGAAUCUUUGUCGGGAGACACUAAAUUAGUGCUAGAGGAAAUUACAAGGCAUUUGAAUCUUGAAAAGUUACUGCCCUGUUAUAAGUAUACAGUUUCUUGCGCUUGUCUCAGAGCCAUACGUAAACUUCAGAAGUUUGGUCACCUACCCAGCAAUCCUUCCCUUUUCAAAAAAUAUGCGGCCUAUGGGAAUUUCAUAGAUGUCCGACUUGCUGCCUUGGAAUGUUUGGUUGACUUCACUGUUUUGGAUGGACGUUGGAGCGACCUUGAAUACCUCCUGGACAUGAUCGAUGAAGACCCUGAUCCUGGUGUGAGGUUUGAGUUGGUGCAAAUGCUUUGCGACAAUCCUCCAUUCCAGCGCAUGGCUGGCAAGCAUCGAUUAGAUAUCCCAGACCUAGCUAAUCGAUUGUGGAAUCAAUUUAAUGGAAUGUUGUCUCAUGACUCAAGGAUGAGGUGCAGCCUUGUUGACUUAUACUUCGCUCUGUACGGAAGGAGGAGACCUCAUUGUUUACAGCACCCGGAUUUGGCCUUUAUUCAACCCCAAAAAAGUCCAACUCAUCAUCAUGAAUUUGAACAGAGUUCGAUUAUACCUCCAGCUGAGCCCUCGCUUUUUGGUUUAAAGCGGCCCUCACCAGUGAAAGAACUAGAGCUUGUGGCUGGUGAUGACCUUGGAGUUGCAACUGUGGAAGUCAUUGCGGGAGAUGACAAAUCGAAAAUUAAGGCUGAACCAAUAGCAGAGAGUCACCGAAAGUCCGGUUACUUCUCAGAUAGUUCCGUGUCUCUCCCUGGAAUCACUGGGAACAAUGAACCGAUUGGAUUUGAACCUGGAAUGUUCAAGAAGGAGCACGAUGGACCACCAGAGCCCAAGAAAUUCAAGGAAGAUCCAUCUGUUGCGAAGUUGAAGAAGAAAAAGAAAGACAAGAAGAAGCACAAACACAAGCACAAGCAUCGGCAUGAGCACAAACACAGCAAGGAGAAGAAAGAUGAGGAUAAAGAUAAGUCUGACAAAUCCAGUAAGGAUGCAGAGAAAGAUGACACGGGCAAACUCAAACUCAAAGAAGAAACUCUUAGUUCUGUAAGCUCAAGUCCUAGUAAUAGCCCUGGUAACUCACGCGAUUAUUUCAUGUGAGGAGUAAGUGUUUAGUUUGAUUUUUCAAGUUUUAUUUGUUUAUUUUUUCAGAGACUGUACAUUUACGUGUUUUUACCAUUUUAGGUAGGUAAAAAUUGUUGGUGAUUAAUAGAGGAACUCGGCACAAAGCCUUAGCUCUUUUGGAACAUGCUGUCAGCACAAAAUUUAUCAGUUUUAAUCAUCAUUUAUCAAAAAAGUCAAACUUAUUGGUAUCUGAAACAUAUGUCACAAUUGUGAAAUUAUACUUAAAAAUCAACUACCAAUAGGUGUAGCAACAUAAUAAUGAUAUUUUGUUUUUCAUAAGAAGCGUGUCUGUCUCAUCUCUUUUUAUACGUGUUAGUAUUAAUUAUUCUGGAUCUCUGUAGUCUAAUGAUAAUAUUUGUAAAAAAAUUAAGACAUGUACUAUUUUUGUAUCUAUUGUUUAAAUGCCUGCUUCCAGGUAGAAACUUGUUAAGGUGGAAAGUGUGUUCAAAAUUUUAAGUUAAUCCCCUGUAAGUCCAAAUCAAAUUUUAAAUUAUUGCUGUAAAUUCUUGUCAAAAUCUAUAUUUUUUGUGAGAAUUUUUCUCACAACUGUAUUAUAUCUAAAUUUUAGUGAAAUAUUUGGCUGAGUACCAUUAUUGUAAAUUAAAAGUUAUUUUCUGAAUAUA